CUCUUUUUUCUUCUUCUGUUGCUUCCUUUUUUUUUUUUUUCUGUUUCCUCGAUUUUCUCAUCCAGUCCUUCAACAUCCACCAUGGCUGGCAUCACCGACUCUGCGCUGCUCGCUUGGCUCGAAGUGUGCGAUGUCGAAAUGUACACUCCCGACGGGCGUGAGAUUGCGAGUGUGCCUCUGCCCGAUCUCUUGCGCAACGGCGUCAUUCUGUGUCGCCUCAUCAACCGCAUGAUCCCUAACUUGAUCGGCAAGAUCCACACCUCGUCGCUGUUGCACUUCCCAUCGCGCCAGUUCCUGUGCGUCGAGAACAUUCACCGCUUCUGCGCCGCGUGCAAGUCAGAGUUUGGCAUGACUGAGGCAGAGCUCGCCAACGAAGAAGACAUCUACAACAUGACCAGCUUUGACAUGACCGUUCGCAUGGUUGCCACGCUGUCAAAGAAGGCCGUUGAAAAAAAGUGCCCCGUGCCGCCACUGGAGGCCGCAAAGGUUGCCGCGCCCCCGCCCAAGAAGAUGACGCCAGAGGAGUUCCGAUCAAAGAUUGUGGACGAGAUUCGCUUGACCGAGCAGGCGUACGUCAAAGACCUCAUGUCGCUCAACCACAGCUACAUUCGCCCGCUCCGCCAGGUUGAGUUCAUCCAUCCCUCGGACUUCAAGAAGCUCUUUGGCAACGUCAUUGACAUUUUCGAGUUCCAAAAGCGCUUUUUCAAAAAGCUCGCGCAGACCUCGAGCCUGCCGCCAGACCAGCAGCGGAUUGGCGCCUGCUUCCUCGACCACAAGGAGGCUUUCAAGGUGUACACCAUGUACUGUGCCAACCACCCGAACGCCGUCGCCACGCUGCUCAAGUACGAGACGUUGCCCAAGUGGAAGGCAUUUGCUGCCAACUGGACCAAGACCACUGGCAAGCUCUUUGACAUUGGCUCGAGCCUCAUCAAGCCCAUCCAACGCAUCUGCAAGUACCCCCUCCUGUUGCGCGAGCUCAUCAAGCACACGCCCGAGACCCACCCCGACUUUGCCGACAUCACCGAGGCCAUGGAUGCCAUGAACAGCGUCACCAUUUACAUUAACGAGAUGAAGCGCAAGCUUGAGAAUCUUCAAGUCAUGGCGCAGCUGCACACAAAGAUCCACAACUGGAGCGGCCCUUCGCUCGUCAGCUCGGGUGAGCUCAUUCAAGACGGCAUGGUUACCCAAAUCGAUGGGACCAACAAGGAGACCGUCUACCUCCUGCUGCUGGGCAAGCAAACAGCCAUUUGCCGCAAGCGCAAGAAGGAUGAGUAUGACUACAAGCGAUCUGCACCCAACGACUACCUUGUUCUGAAGAACCUCAGUGACGAGCAGCUUCCAUUCGGGUUUACCAUUUCUUCGACUGUCCCGACCAUGCUCGAGACUUGGUCGUUCCAGUGCAAGAAUGCUGGUGAAAAGAACCAGUGGCUCGCCGCGCUGUCCAAGACCAUCAAGGUGGAUCCAUCUGGAUUCAAGUCGACGAGCAUUGUUGCUGGAGCCGUCACGCAGACCGAUCAGUCAGCCAAGUUCACGGCCGAGAGCAACGAGAACAAGGUUCGCUUUGCCUUUGGCUACCUCAAAGCUCUCUCGGACAGCCAGCUGCAGCCUGAGCUUGCAAAGCAGCAGCAAGAGUUUGCGUCCGCAGAGCAGCGGACUGAGGCCAUGUUCGAGCCUUCUAAAAGCCUCGAGCGCGAGCUGCGUGAGCGAGCCGCCAACGUCGAAGAGCUCAAGGCUGAGAUUGCCCGUCGCGCCGAGCUUGCCGCCGCGGCCAAGCCGGCUGUCGCUCCCAAGCCUGCAGCGCGCCCACCAGCGCCCUUGCCUUCUAAGGAGGCACCCAAGCCUGCUCCAGCACCCGUUACAAGCGCGCCCACGUCGUCCGAGCGUGACUCAUUCUCGGACAUGAGCCGUGCCUCGAUCAACAGUCACUCUGGCGUGUUGUCAGCUCUUGGUCCCAACGAUACUCUCGGCUUGCGCAUCAACAGUCGCCCCACUUUGACCGCCAUGGACGAGACGCUGUCUGAUUUCGAGAGCAUGAGCGUGAUUGAUGUCGCUCUGCCCACUAUCUCUGAGGAGGAACACGCACCCUUGCCGGAUUUGCCCACGACGGAGGAAAAUUCUGCAGCUGUUGCGGCCAUGGAGCUGUUGGCAACCGAGCUGGAAGAUCAGCGAACCAAGUGCGCGCACUGCAACGAGGUCAUCACCGAUCCGACUACCAGCACGUUGGCCUUGGGCAAGACGUGGCACCAAGACCAUUUCUGCUGCCAGGCGUGCAAGACGCCUCUCUCUGGCUGCACCUACCACGAGAAGGAUGGCAACGCGUACUGCAAUGACGACUACCAGCGCCUGUUCAACUCUUGCGAGGCCUGCCGGCAGCCCAUCAACGACGGCGAGUUUGUCACCAUCGGUGACAACAGCAACAUGCGCUGGCACAAGCACCACUUUGAGUGCGAGCAUUGCAAGGAGAAUCUGCUGUCGUCCAAGAUUUACGAGCGCCUCGGCAAGAUUUACUGCGAAAAGGACUUCAAGGCGCAGUUUGGCGUCGAUUGUGGGCUCUGCGGCCAGCUCAUCGAGGGCAAGUACAUGGUCGCGCUCGAGCACCAUUGGCACGAAAAUUGCUUCGUUUGCAACUACGAGGGCUGCCGCGCGCCCUUCCCCGACGGCAGAUUCUACAACCACAACAAUGCCCCGUAUUGCGAGCUUCAUUUCCACACCAUCACUGGCUCGCUCUGCAACGAAUGUCAAAAACCCGUGCUGGGUCGUCACAUCACUUCGGCCACCGGCAAGGUUCAUCCUGAAUGUCUGAUCUGUACCAUCUGUCGCCGUCAGCUGAGUCUAUCCGAGCCGGUACAGGAAGUGGUCAGCGGCGGCAAGGCCCGAUUCCUCUGUGGCAAUUGCGUUGCCUAGUAAGGUUUCGGGGGUUUUGUGCUGCUUCUGCGCUGAGAGGUUUUUUUUUUUCUGUUUGUUGGUUUCUUUCUUUUCGCUUCGUUGUCUUUUCUGCUUCUCUUUGACUUUUCUUUUACUUUUCGUGUUCUACCGUGCUUGUUUGGAUGACUCGCCACACCAUCAUUUAGUUGUUGUCCUUGUCUACUUUUAACUGGUAUGUUUUUACCCGCAUCUGUACCUCCAACAAUGAAUUUCAAGUCACUGCUUGUUGUCACCGCUUGUUGCAAUUACAAUGAACGAACG